AUGCAGCGGCGGAGCAGCUGUCGACGGGCGCCGCGGACGAUUUCAUGGACGCAGCCCGCGGAUCUUGGACGCCCGAGGUGCGUUCCCCGCCAGCAUUACAUUCGUUCUGAGAUUUCUCAAGUACAUAUCUUCCUUCGCCUGAUAGACACUGCUGGCGGAUCUUGGACACCCGAGGAGGACGCGAUCCUGCUCCUGAUGGUGCGCAAGCUGGGCGCGCGGCACUGGAACAAGGUCGCGGAGAAGGUUCCGGGAAGGAGCGCCAAGAGCUGCCGGCUGCGAUGGUGCAACCAGCUGGACCCGGCCGUGAAGCGCGGCGCUUUCAGCGCGGAGGAGGAUGUGAUUCUAGCGGAGGCGCACGCGCGGCACGGGAAUAAGUGGGCGCGGAUCGCGAGGUACCUGCCUGGGCUCACGGACAAUGCGAUUAAGAACCACUGGAAUUCCACGCUCAGACGGAAACGGCUGGGUGCUGGGACUGGCGGCGGUGAUGGUGCUGCUGCUGCUGCUUCUAAUGGAGCAGGGAGAAGGGAAGCUAAGAGGAGGAAGACGGAGAGGAGGCAUGGCUCUCAGCAGCCGGAGCGUAAGGCUCCAGAUGCUCCUACAGUUGAAGUGAUUCAAAGCCCUCAAGAUGAGGGUGACUGUGAGGAGUGGUGGAAACCAAAGGAGGAGGCUCAGCAACAACAGCAGCAGCAGCAGCAGCAGCAGCAGCAGCAGCAAUCGCUGGCGUCGCUACUAGCUGGCUCAAGCACACCAGAGAUGUGGGACUCGUUUGAAAGAGCACAGGGGUUGGGCCAUGGCGGUGAACGUGAUCGAGAGGCUGUCAAUAACGCGUAUAGGUUUCCCAGCAGCUUUGAGGAGCUCGGGACUGGCUCAGAUGCAAUGGAAGAGAUGCUCAGACACCGGUUGGAAGCCUGGAAGGGGGGUGAACAGGAGGGAGCGCUGAGAGGAGUGUGGGAGGAGGGGCAAGAGAGAGACAGCGCGUCUACUACUCCCAGUCUUCCCCUGUUCAACCCCCCUUCCACCGCCGCUGCUUCUGCGCUCAAAACCAACACCACCGUUACCUGUUCCCCUCUUCCUUCUCCUGUCCUCUGCUCCUCCCCAACCGCUUCUCCUACACCUCCCGUUGCCUCGUCCCACGCCACUCCACCUGCUUCUCCUCAUGCCCCGGCACAACCCCCUUCACCUGAUCUGGCCUCCCUUCUCGCCCUCUUCCAUCCCCUCAUACCUUCCCAAUCCGCGCCCCUCUCUGCUCCUCCCCUUGCUCCGCCACCAGCCUUUCGAGAACCAUCCUCUGACUAUUUUCGCAGACAGGACGUUUCCAACCAGCAGCAUAGGGAUUAUCCUCGGCAUCAGCAGCAAGAGGAAGAGCAAUCGGAGCAGCUGGAGCAGAAAGCGCAGCAGAAGCAGCAUGAGCACCAGAUGCAACGCAGGCAUAGCCGGCGCUAUUCAAUCGAGGUGACUUUUGAGUCGAAUCAAAAGUCACCCGAAGAGCAAUCGGAGCAGCUGGAGCAGAAAGCCCAGCAGAAGCAGCAUGAGCACCAGAAGCAACGCAGGCACAGCCGGCGCUAUUCAAUCACUGAGCUCAAGGCUGACCUUGGCCUGUCCCCAACCGACUUCAAACACUCCCCAACCGACCUCCACCCCUCUCCCACCGAACUUAACCACUCUCCAUCUGACCUUACCCUUCCACCCACCAGCGUUGAACUUCUACCCACCUAG